CGCCCUACCAAGCCACAUACGUCGGUCGGGCAAAUGGGUCUGCCUCCAUUCAUAAUCAUUGUAGUGCCUGUCGUUAAUGUCUUCGUGAUCCAACACGGUACAAACGUCACACAACAAACCGAGCAUGUUCCAAACACCGUUCUUCCGGAUGUGAGCAACCUCACUCUGGUAUCCACUGACAAGACAUCGUUCACGGUGUCCUGGGAGCGUCCCAAGGAUCACUUCGACUAUUAUCUAGUCGAGGUGACCGGCAGCAGCCACGAAGAUGGUGACGUCGGACCAUAUCGGGUAGGCUUGUGCGCAAACGGCUCCAUCGUCGAUGCGCACCAGGAACAAGUCACCUGCGACCACAUUGAACCCUGCACCAACAUCAGUUUCAGAAUACGCACCCACGCAAAAGGGCCACCGCAACGUACAUCUUUGGGGGUCACACUGGAUGGCAUCUUCGUUCCCGGGCAAGGUGACAUUUCAUCAACGUGUCUUGAAGAUAACGUGUCCUGCGUAGUGAUACUGAAGGACAAGAAAGAGAAAAACCUGGCUGGGGUUUAA